AUGGAAAAAUCCACCUACUAUUGCACCGAAACCACUCACUACACUAACCCUUCUUCUUCUACUGGUCAUACGUCACGUAGUAGUCCGCUUUCUACUCAUAUCUCCCCUACUAUUCCAUCUCACAAAGACCGAUCUUCUACUGCACCAAAACCACUCAAUAACCCUUCUUCUUCUACUGGUCAUACGUCACGUAGUAGUCUGCCUUCUACUCAUAUCUCCCCUACUAUUCCAUCUCACAAAGACCGAUCUUCUACUGCACCAAAACCACUCAUUAACCCUUCUACUUUCCCUGGUCAUAAGUCACAUAGUAUUCCUCCUUCUACUCAUAUCUCUCCUACUAUUCCAUCUCACAACGACCCAUCUUCUGCUGCACCAAAACCUCAUAACCCUUCUACUUCCACAGCUCAUAAGUCACAUAGAAUUCCUCCUUCUACUCAUGUCUCCCCUACUAUUCCAUCUCAAGAAGGACAAUCUUCUACUACACCAAAACCACUCAAAAACCCUUCUACUUCCACAGGUCAUAAGUCACAUAGUAUUCCUCCUUCCACUCAUAUCUCCCCUACUAUUCCAUCUCACAAAGGACCAUCUUUUACUACACCAAAACCACUCAAAAACCCUCCUACUAGCUCUGGUCCUAUCCCACCUUCUGAUCAUAUUGAUACAUCAACAAGAAAUUGUCAGACUCAUCAAACAAACCAAAAAGGUGGUGAAGAACCAUUACAUAAGUCAAAAACAUCGAAAUCCCAACGGCCAAAGUCUUAUCCAUAG